CGCCGCGCAGCUACCGCCCAGCACCCCCGGGCGUUCACACUCAGCGACCCGCUCCUGCGGCUUCCCCCAGCCACACGGUUUAGCUAGCCGGUGUAGAGAGAAUAUUUCCUUCAUUUGGACUAGUUCAUUCAAAGUUGAGAAACUGCUUGGGAUUUGAAAAAAGAGGAAAGUUGGGCUUCUCUUCCAAGCUAUGAAUAAAAACCACAUGCAAGAAGAUGAGAUUUACUCAUUCUAAAACCAUGAAUGCUACUGGACCACGUUUUUCAAAGGUAUUUCAGCACCUAAAGAUGCACGACCAGGAUUUUUGACUGCUAGGGGUGAAGUGACCUCUUAAAUGGAACAAGGAUAAGAACCUUGUAUCUUUGAUCUCCGGAGCCCUGAGAAAAUGGAGAGCCUUAGAGGCCCCUAUACAGAUGACGCAAUUGCGAGAGAAAGCGAAGAGGAGAAUCCUCAGCUGAAGCUAGACACAGAAAAGAAACUAGACACAUAUGCUCUCCCCAUUAACUGUCGGAGGCCACACGGCAGAGAAAAUCACUAUCAAUGUACAGAAUGUAGGAAAAGCUUCAGUGUUCAUUCGGCGCUGAUCAAACACCACAGAACCCACACCGGAGAGAAACCCUAUCAGUGCAGUGAAUGUGGGAAAAGCUUCAGUGUAAGCUCGACGCUGGUUACUCAUCAGAGGAUCCAUACAGGGGAGAGGCCCUACAAAUGUGUGCAGUGUGGGAAGAGCUUCAAUCAAAGCUCACACCUCACUCAGCAUCAGAAGAUCCACAAGGGAGAGAAGCCAUGUACAUGUACUGAAUCUGGAGAAGGCUUUACUGACAGCUCAAUGUGCGUGAAACAUCCAGGACUGCAUGCUGGAGUGGGGCCCUAUAAAUGUGCUGAAUGUGGAAAAAGCUUCAAUCGGAGCUCCACUCUCUACAACCACAACAGGAUCCAUACGGGAGAGAAACGCUACAAAUGUGAUGAGUGUGGGAAAAGCUUCAGUGUGAGCUCCAACCUCAUCAGGCAUCAGAAAAUCCACACAGAGCAGAGACCCUAUAAGUGUCUUGAAUGUCGUAAGAGCUUCAGCCUGAGCUCAGAUCUGGAAGCGCAUCGGAGGCUUCACCUGGGAGAGAAACCCCACAAAUGUUCUGAGUGCGAGAAAAGCUUUGAUCAUGAGUCACAGCUCCUGAAACAUCAGCGAGUUCACGCUGGGGAAAACUCAUAUGAAUGUGUGGAGUGUGGGAAGAGCUUUAGUAGGAAGGGGAACCUCCUGAGACACCAGGAGAUCCACACUGGGGACAAACCCUACCAGUGUAAUGAAUGUGGGAAAAGCUUCAGCCGGAGUUCAUCGCUCAUGCAGCAUCAGCGGAUCCACACUGGAGAGAAACCCUACAGCUGCAUCGAAUGUGGCAAGAACUUCAGCUUUAGCUCCCAGCUCACCACCCACCAGCGGAUCCACACAGGGGAGCGGCCCUACAAAUGUAACGAGUGCGGGAAAAGCUUUGUGGAUAGCUCAGGUCUCAUUCAGCAUCGGAGAAUUCACACGGGAGAGAAGCCCUACCAAUGCACAGAGUGCGGAAAGAGAUUCCGGCAGAACUCGGUGCUGAUUCAGCACCGGAGAACUCACACUGGUGACAAGCCUUUCGAGUGUGGGGAGUGUGGGGAACGCUUUAGCCAGAGCUCCACGCUGAUCACACAUCAAAGGAUUCACACCGGGGAGCGGCCUUACCACUGCAGCGAGUGCGGGAAGAGCUUCAGCGAGAGCUCGCACCUCACGCAGCAUAGGAGAAUCCACACGGGGGACAAGCCCUACAAGUGUGGUGAGUGUGGGAAGAGCUUCAUUCAGAGCUCGCAGCUCACCACCCACCAGAGGAUCCACACAGGAGACAAACCCUACCAGUGCCACACCUGUGGGAAGAGCUUCAGCGACAGCUCGGCGCUCACCCAGCAUCAGAGAGUCCACACGGGGGAGCGACCAUACCAAUGCACAGAAUGUGGGAGGAGCUUCAGCCAGAGCUCGGCCCUGGUGCAGCACUGGAGGAUCCACACUGGAGAUAAGCCCUAUGAGUGCACCGAGUGCGGGAAAACUUUCAGCCAGAGCGCAGGGCUCACUCAGCACCGGAGCACCCAUGCAGGAGAGAGACGGCGCAUGUCUCAGCGAUUCACUUGUCAUGUGACCGGGGCCUUGCAAUUUCCUGCAGUGGGUUUUCCUGCUAUAUCCAGGGUAGCAAGUGGCGGCUGUCGCAGGCUCUUGGGAACAUCCACGUCCAGCCCUGGGUUUACUUUAGCAGAAGAUCUUGUGAGCUGGAUUCAGAUAUCACUUUCCCAUCUGAGACAGCAAGUGAGAGUUGUGAGUAAAAUUAAGAAGGGCAUUCAUCUUCAGGAAGGUCCUGGGAAAAUGGAAACACGUAGUGCAUUGUCGAGAAGAUUUAAAGGGAAUAUUUCCAAGAAUCCUGACCAAACAGAAGCUUGCAAGAGUCAGGAGAAGUCAAAAAAUGAAAUCAGAAAAUCUCCUCGGACGAGACAGAGAAAUUCCCCUUCCCAGGAAGUAAGUGUCAGGCAAUCUGAAGAUGAUGAUCACACUGAAGAUAAACCAAACACAUCCGAUUGUGAGAAUGACUCUGUUUUGAGCCCAGGCCUCUCUGGGCAAGAAACAGCGCACACAGAAGAGAAACCCUAUCAGUGUUCUGAAUGUGGGAAAAGCUUCAGUCGAAACUCCUACCUUACUCAGCAUCAGAGAAUCCAUGUGGCAGAGAAACCCUUUGGUUGUAGUGAAUGUUUGAAAAGCUUCAUUCGGAAUUCAGACCUGGUUAAACACCAGCGAAUCCACACAGGAGAGAAGCCUUAUCAGUGCAAUGAGUGUGAGAAAACCUUCAGUCAGCGAUCAAAUGUUAUCAGACACCAGAGAACCCACACGGGUGAAAAACAUUACAAAUGUAAAGAAUGUGGGAAGAGCUUCAGUCAGAAGUCACACCUCAUCGUACACCAAAGAAGCCACAAGGGUGAAAAGCCCUACCGUUGUACUAGAUGUGAGAAACACUUCAGUGAUUGCUCAUCGCUUAUUAUACACCGGAGAAUCCACACAGGGGAGAAACCUCAUCAAUGUAAAGAAUGUGGGAAAAGGUUCCGUGACAGCUCCGCCAUCAUCCGACACCAGCGAAUCCACACAGGAGAGAAACCCUACAAAUGUGGUGAUUGUGGAAAGAGCUUCGGACAGAGCUCAUCACUUAUUACCCACAGAAGAACCCACACAGGAGAAAAGCCCUACAAAUGUUCUGUGUGUGAUAAAAGCUUCAGUCAGAGCUCGGCACUUGCGAGUCAUCACCGAAUCCAUACAGGAGAAAAUCCCUAUCGAUGUUCUGAAUGUGGGAAAACCCGGAGUGAGCGUGCUGCACUUAUUUCACAUUGGAGUGUCUACACACCAGGAAAACCUUACAAGUGUGCUGAAUGUGGAGAAAGCUUUAGACGGAGCACAGCACUUAAUGUGCAUCUGAGAAUCCACAGAGGGGAGAGACCAUAUACAUGUGAUAAAUGUGGGAGAACCUUCAGACAGAGCUCAGCACUUGAUGUGCAUUCACGAAUCCACACGGGAGCAAGACCCUAUAAAUGUAGUGAAUGUGGGAAAACCUUCAGACAGAGCUCAGCACUUAAAGUGCAUUUGAGAAUCCACACAGGAAAGAAACCCUAUAAAUGUAUUGCAUGUAGGAAAAGUCUCAGUUUGCGUUCACAUCCAGUAUAGCAGGGGUCUCCAAACCAUGACUCGUGAACUGCAUGCCACUCUUUUACAGUUUAAAGUGUAGCUCGCAGAUCCCCCUCUCCCCAUUCUCCACCUACCAGACUUGGGGGGAAGCUCGAGACCUCUGCCUUGCAGCAGGGUGGUGGGGUAGGGCCUUCUUCCCAGUGGGGAGGGGGUCUCAGGGCUUCAGCCCUGUGGGGCCUGCCUGCUGGGGUUUAGGGCUUCAGCAGGAGUGGGGUUGAAGCCCCAAGCCCCGUAAGAUGCCACCCGUGGGGCUGAAGCCCAGAGCCCCAGCAGGUGUGUCCCGAUUCUCAAACUUCUGAAGAUUGUCAAAUGUGGCUCAGAGGGUCAAAGUAAGUUUGGCCACCCCAUAGUAUAGGAUUAGAGUGGCCAUAUGGAAUAGAAAGCAGUGGCAGACAUUGGUUGUUUGGGGUGUAUAAAAAGGAGUGAGGCCCAGAUUCACAAAGGAGCCUAAGUUUCAGUUUUAGGCACCAUUACAAUCCACAAAACCCCCAGUAAGCUGCUGCUUAACUCUGCAGCACCUGAUUGAUUUAACACUUACAUUUUCACUGUAACCAUCUCCUAGUCACAUAAGUAUUGGCCUCUGGGAAUGCACCCUGCCCCCUCACUGUAAGCAUCUGGACACUUAAGCACCAGCGUGAUGCUCAGACCAGAGGAAGUUGGGUGAUCCUCCUGCCUUGCCUGCAGAGCCCAGGCCAGUAGGCAUGUUCUGAGCACAGCUAGCAGAUUUACAUUCAAAAUCCUGAUGGAGGAGGAGGAGGAGCCUCCUGCCCAUAACUUUUAGCCUAGUGGUUAAAAUGCUUACCCAGGAACAAGUGGAACAGCUUCAACAUGAGAGACUGAGGAAGCCCCACAUCGGAAUUAAGGGUGUAAAAUAAACUGUUAACCAGUAAGCAUUAGUCUUACCAGAUAAUCCACCCUAACCGUUGCCCCAGCUGCAGCCCCAGGCCAGCGUGAGCAGCCACAGCCUCUCUCCCUUUAAUCAGUUAACUGACUAAAUGAUAUAAUUUUAAUCAUUUAAGUGGUUAACUUUUUAAACAAUAUUUACAUCCCUAAUCAGAAUAUCCCAUAGCCCAGUGGUUUGGGCAUUUUCCUCAGAGACAGGAGAUCCCUGUUCAAAUACCUUUUUCCUUUCAGGCAGAGAAGGGGCAUUGAGCUGGGCAUGAGUGGAAAAGACCUGGCUGUUGGACUAAUUAUUUUGAUAUCGGAGCGAGGCGGUUGAUGCUAGACUGGAGUAUUCUGGAAAGAAUGAGUGAAUUACUUGUGGGGAGCUGAGUGCUGGUGGAGUGGGUUGUUUUACGGAUUGUGCAGAAGAGGUGUAAUGCGGAUCUGAGGGAUGGGGUGUUGGGUGCUGGAUAAUUUGGGGAUUAGAAGUGGGAAUUUGUGGUAGAAUAGAAAGGGAGAUUUUUUUUUUUUUUUUAGAUUUUAUCUUAUUUUCUUUAGGUACAAGAAGGUUAAAAUAAUAAUUUCCAGAUUGGGCCUCAGCCAUACCUUCAGUUUAUUACGAAUUGUAAGCAGUCCUGGGGAUGUCAUCUCUUUUUAAACUGUUGAUAGCAAAGUAAUGUGUUUUUGGUGACUCUCACCUGGUAACUUCACCAGGUUUUAGACAAGGGAUUUGGGCUGUUUCCUUUCUUUGAUCUUAAAGAUAUGCAGCUCUAUCUGUUUCUUUUCUUCCUCUUUCCGAGAGAUUUAUGGUAGGACUUCAGAGUUAUGAACUGACCAGUCAACAACACACCUCAUUUGUAAGCAGAAGUACAUAAUCAAGCAGCAGCAGAUGGGGGAAGCAAGUACAGUUCUGUGCUAAACGUAAACUAUUUAAAAAGGGGAAAACAGCAUUUUUCUUCUGCAUAGUAAAGCUGUAUUAAGUCAAUGUGCCGUUGUAAACUUUAUGGUGGUUCUUUCAAAAGUUUUGUUCAGAGGUACGACAACCUCCAUUCCCAAGGUGUUCAUAACUGUGAUGUUCUACUGUGUUCAGUUCAAAGGAUUUUUACCUCCAUAAGCAAAAAUCAGGAGAGACACUCAAGUCAGAAGUGAAGUGGCUGCUCUCAAAGAGGAUGGAUACAUAGCACUCACUGCGAAAGUGUUUAUCUCUAUCUUUUCCUCCCUGGCAACAUCUCCAGAAUUGUCUCUUCGCAUUGAAACACCUUUAGCAUGUAGAGCGGAAGACUAACAAAACCUGGGCAAUAAUGUAACCUUCUCAUUUAAACAAAACAAAAGAAGCUUUUGGAUGUUCUGGCUAGGCCCAUUUCACAAACUGUUUCCAGUUUUCUAGUCCUUUUGGUAAUGUGAUACUUUUGUUCCUUUAAUUAAUGCUAGUAAAAUAUUUUUAACAUAUAAAGCACCGCAUAAUUGCUAGCAAUCAUUACUUUCAUUACUAUGUUAAUGUUUCCAUAUUACAUAAAACCUCUCUGUAUUGUAUAUUACUAUUAUUGUUGCACUAUACUGUCAACAGUGUUUCUAUAUUAUAUAAAUCCUCUUUUUUCCCUAU